GCCAUGACUCCAAUGUCAAGUGUUCGCUCCAAAUGGGGAAGUCGUCCAUGUCAAGAUCCCUGUUGGGAAGAGAUGUGGCUAAAUUACUCCUGUCACUGCAUAUUCAGGCCUUCUGCUGAGCAAGCUCUGCAACUGCUGCAUGGGACCUUUUUUGGUGGUCAGAGUGUGAGCCUUUCAUGGGGAAGAAGCCCUUUGAACAAACAAACUCAGGCAUCGUCAUGGGUGAUUGUAGUUACAUUGCCUCCUUCACACUUACAUCCACCAUCAAUCAGCUCCAUGGAGACAUGGAACCUGUCAUCAUUUUGUCAGACUAAGAAUGGAGUUACUUGUGCAAGUUACACCAUCAGCAAACACAUGAAGACCUGCAUGCUAUCAUCACAAGUUGAGCAUUUACAUGCUCCAAGUCAAUCUGUUAGGGAGAAAACAAAAGCUUGUGUUCCUAUUCGUAUUUUUUUGUUUUAUCAGUGGGCACCUUAUCUAUCUAAACUAUGCCUUUCACUUUUUCUGUAA